GUCCAAUUUUUCGGUGUAUAUAAGCUGAGUGCAGUGGCUCAGCGAUUCAGUCCCAGUUUGGAUCUCGUUACCCGUGCAGCACAGCGAAUUGUGGAGUAAUUGUUCCCCCGUGAGACGUCGAAUCCAGCAGCUCAACAAUGCGAAUGUUCGUACUUCCUUGUCUCGCCGUGUGCGUGGCAUUGGCCCAUUGUGGCACUGUGCCAGUUGAGGAGAAGAAGGCCGAUGGCGAUGAUGGCAAGACCGUGGAGAAGAGGGGCCUCCAUCUGGGCGACUACCACCACUACCAGCCGCACCACGAGCACCACCACCACGAGCACAUCAAGACGGUGACCAUCGAGAAGAAGGUCCCAGUGCACUACACUGUCACCAAGCACGUGCCCUACACCGUCGAAAAGAAGAUUCCCUACGAGGUGAAAGUGGAUGUGCCUCAGCCUUACAUUGUGGAGAAGAAGGUGCCUGUCCAUGUGAAGGAGUACGUGAAAGUGCCCGUCCAUGUGCCCAAACCCUAUGAGGUGAUCAAGAAGAUCCCCUAUGAGGUUAAGAUCCCGGUUGACAAGCCCUACGAGGUUAAGGUCCAUGUGCCCCAGCCCUACGAGGUGAUCAAGAAGAUCCCCUAUGAGGUCAAGGUGCCAGUGCCUCAGCCCUACGAAGUGAUCAAGAAGGUUCCCCACGAGGUCAAGGUUGAGGUCCCAGUGCCCAAGCCCUACGAGGUGAUCAAGAAGGUUCCCUACGAGGUCAAGUACGAGGUGGAGAAGCCAUACGACGUGGAGGUGCCCAAACCCUACGAUGUCGAGGUCGAGAAGCCCUACACCGUGGUCGUGGAGAAGAAGGUGCCCUAUGAAGUUAAGGUUCCCGUCGACAAGCCCUACAAGGUUGAGGUGGAGAAACCCUACCCAGUCCAUGUUAAGAUUCCUGUGCCUCAGCCUUACACCGUGGAGAAGAAGGUUCCCUACACCGUCGAGAAGCCAGUGCCGUAUGAGGUGAAGGUGCCCAUCGAGAAGCCCAUUCCCGUCUACUCGGAGGUGAAGGUGCCCAUCCACAAGGAAAUUCCCGUACCGGAGAAGUAUCAUGUGGAGGUGCCGAUCUUCAAGCAUCACGAGCACCAUCAGGAGGAGCACCAUGACUACCAUAGCCACAGCCACCAUGGGCACUAUUAAGGGAUUCCAGAUUUGCAGAUUCCCAAAGCCAGUCGCACAGAAAGCGAGCACAAGAAGAAGAAGGAAGUUGACGAAGGACGAACAGGGAGGAAUACGAGGAGCAGCAGGCUAGACACUGUCAGCGAGUCUGUAUCUGUAUCUCUCAGAUGCAUCUAUCACGCAGCAACGUUGAGCUGGACGUUGAACGGGUGACACGAGCGGGAGGAAAUGGAGUAGUAAAUUCUAAUGCUGAAGAAUUCGCGUAAUUCUUCAGUCAGCAGAAGGAGGAGAAGAUGAAGAUAAAGAGGAGCCAGAGCAGAAGAGGGAGAGCCAGCGGGGAGUAGCAGUCAGAGGACAAACUAACUAGCUACUCCCAAUUGAGAUCUGAAAUCUGGCGGAGACCAACGAAAAAACGGUUUCCGCAUCAGUUUUAAGCCAAAUGUGUUAGUACUUUUAUCAUUGUGUUAGACCCUACGAUUUCUAUUUAAAUUAUAAGCUAAAGAAACACUGAACACAA